CCCUAACGUCCUUUCGCUUUCAACCUCGGUUUCCAAAAUGGUGAAUGCCAAGGUUUCAACCUCGCACGUCGACACCGCGCCGUACCACUUAGAGGGUAGCGAAGAGAAUGUAUUCAUCUCUGAGAAGGAGGGCACGACUGCUGAUAAGCGCGACAUGGCUCGCAUGGGCAAGCGACAGGAAACUCGACGAAACUUUCGCCAUCCUACAGUUAUCGCCUUCACGAUGGUGAUUCUGGCGACUUGGGAAGCCGAACUCGCAACUAGCGUAUACAGUCUAGGCAACGGAGGAACAGCAGGUUUGAUCUGGGGCUAUCUCAUUGUUAUGACCGGUUUUGGGUUUGUGGCCGCAUCAAUGGCUGAGAUGGCUUCCAUGGCACCAACAUCCGGGGGGCAGUAUCAUUGGGUAUCGGAGUUCGCACCACCCAGCUGUCAAAAAUUUCUGAGCUACCUUGUUGGUUGGUUGGGAAUGCUUGGAUGGUCGACCGCUGCGGCGACUGUUUCCUACCUAUCCGCAAAGCAGAUUCAGGGGCUGAUACUUUUGAACCACGCGUCCUACGAACCGAAGCCCUGGCAUGGAACGCUUUUGAUCUGGGCUAUACUCUUUGUUUGUCUUGUCUUCAACACAUUCUUCUCCAAGACGCUUCCUCUAGUUGAAGGAAUUAUUGUAAUUCUCCAUGUUGCGGGUUUUAUUGCGGUAUUGAUUGUACUAUGGGUGAUGGCCGAUCGCGCUCCCGUGGAUGUUGUGUUCAAGCUCUUCGAGGACAACAUGGGUUGGGGGAGUACCCCUCUAUCUGUUAUGGUUGGGUUAGUCGGAGCAGCCUCUUGCUUUGUUGGUAUUGAAGCUGGCGCGCACAUGGCUGAAGAAGUCCGCGACGCAGCAUAUGCCAUUCCCCGAGCCAUGAUGUGGACCUGGAUUGGCAACGGACUUUUUGGAUGGCUAAUGGGCAUAACCUUUGCGUUUUGCGUCAAAGAUACAAUGAGUGUAUUAACAACACCAUUAGGAGUUCCAUUCAUGCAAGUAUUCUACAACUCUACUAAAUCAGUGGGUGGUGCGACCGGAUUGACCUGUCUUAUGCUUGUCAUCUCACUGUUCGGAUGUGUUGCUGUGAUUGCCACCGCUUCGCGCCAACUUUUCGUGUUCGCUCGUGAUAAGGGAAUCCCGUUCUCGAGUUUCUUCGGGCAGAUUUCGCCCACUUAUCAGAUUCCGCUGAACGCCGUCUACGUUACUGUUGUCCUCGUCGUUCUUCUUUCUCUCAUCAAUCUCGGGUCCAGUGUGGCCUUCAUGCAGGUGGUGUCCCUAGGAGUUGUGGCUAUGUUGACGACUUACAUUAUCUCUAUCUCAUGUGUUGCAUUGAAGAGAAUACGAAGGGAGCCGCUUCUCCCAUCAAAGUUCAACCUCGGAAAGUUGGGGCUUCCCACCAAUCUCAUCUCUAUUAUGUUCUUAGCCUUCAUCUGGGUGUUUUCCUUAUUCCCGUCCGUACCUCGUCCAAAGGUGUCAGAUAUGAACUGGGCUGUUCUUGGAUAUGGAUCUGUUGUUACUUUCUCUAUUUUGUACUUCGUCACGCGACGUCACAGUUAUCGUGGCCCUGUAGAGUAUGUUCGAAAGGGGUAG